UAGAGGAGGCGUGUCAGUAUAAAACUGCGGACAGACGCGAUUUUAGGACACUUUUCCCGCCUUCGUUCCCUGACUCGCGGCACUCGUGACAACACUUUGGGAAGAAGAAAUGGCGAGAACAAGCAUGGCCCAGUUCCUGUUCCUCUUAGUUCCCUUCGCUAUGAUGUACGCAGGGACACUAGCCCAGUUCACGUGCCCGGCUGACCACGACCCGCCGUACCCGCCGUUCUGUCCUCAGCCGGGAGACUCGCCUAACGCCACCGCCUGCUGCUACGACUCCACCCGCACCCCGUCGACAUACUGCUGCGACCCUGGAGACAUACUCGCUGGACUAGCGGGCUGGAUCAUUGCAGUUAUUGUGGUGGCAUUUGUGCUGUUCUUCGGCGGGAUCGUGCUGUGCAUCUGCUGUUGCUGCAGCUGCUGUCUCCUGGCACAGCGCAGACAGCAGUCACAAUACAUCGUCAUCACCCCGUAACACAGGCAAUUCAGGAAAGCCAACAUUCGCCAGCAAAUGCAGAACAUCUCUCCCCAUGUCUUUGCAAUAAGUGUCUCAAUCAGGCCUAGGAAUCUUAAUGUUGUGUUUUCAGUUUUAGUCCUAAAAAAUUAGGGCCACUAGGUAGGGAUUAUCUCCUUUUUUUCAAAUAUGUUUUAGAAUUUCAGCAGAAGUUAUCCAACAAAUGCUGUCACACUACAUUGUCAUCAGUCCAUAACACAGACAAUACCAAGUACUGGUGUUAUCAACAAGGGAUUGAGGUGUUCAAAAACACAUUUUUUUUCUAGAAUUUGCUGCCACCAAGUGCAGUAGGGGGAAUCAUAAUGUGCAAAGACUAGGUGUAACAAAUCAUUUUGUGCAGUUGGUUGCAAAGCUCCUAAUUGUAUCAAAGUGCAACUUUUGUUUUGCUCAAUGUUUUCAUGGUUUUACAUGGAAAAAUACAAACACAAAUGUACUAGCAUUGAAAUAAAGAUACAUCCAUUACAAAAAUCAUACAUUUCAUUUAUUUCAGUCAAGAGUUUCUAUUCUAUGUUGAGUAUCCUACAAUGACAGCAUAUCCUACAUGAAGUAUACUACACAUAUCGGACCUGUACAUGUUUUGGGUAAUAAAUGGUUUCAAAAUGUAA